GUUUAGCCGGAACGUUCCUCUGAGGAUCCUUGCAAGAAGUCGGUAGUGUUUUGCUUACACAGCAGGUCUUUCUCGUUAGCGGUGGCUCGUUUUGGGUAUUUGGGUCGCUUCACAACCUGUUAUGAGCCUAAAUAUGAGUGGAUAGACUUACAGAUAUUUGUCCCGGUAUUUAAUCGGAUGUUGUCGUUUUAUCCUCCGCGGUAAAGGGUCUCUGCCGAUUCAGCGGUGAUUCACGGGCUGCUGGGAAAGCACACAGAGUCUGGGUUAAACCCAGGCAUGAAGAGAAGACCCAGAACCGCCAUGGGGGCCGCGAACAGCGUCGUUUCAACUGCGACGAGCUCGGAUGAAGCGGUCGCUCCUCUACAUCCAGACAUCUUGGAGGAAGUCUUCCUACAUCUGCCCGGCCAUGUUGUGGUUUCUGUGUGCCGGUUAGUGUGCCGUCAGUGGAAAGAUGUGACCGACAGCGAGUCUCUCUGGAUAGAAAGAUGCCGAAGAGAGGGAUAUCAUCUCCGUGAUCCCUCCAAAGUACCCAGCAACUGGAUGCUGUUUUACUUCUUGUGCAAGAAAAGGAGAAAUCUCCUAAAGAAUCCACGAGGAGAAGAUAAUUUUCGGGGUUGGAAAAUAUUGGAAAAUAAUGGUGAUAAGUGGAAGAUAGAGGGGCCUAUGGUGCCACAUCCAAAUGCAGCAGUCCAGAAAAACUUUGUAACCUCCUAUGGAAUGUGCACAAAAGAACAGGUGAUUCAUUUGGAGAACGAAGGUUACAGCCCGUCGUUCAUGGAUGAGUUCCAGCCACACAUCAGAAUAUCUGACUGGUAUGCACCACGAUGGGAUUGUGGAAGUAUCUAUAUGAUUUCUGUUCAGCUGCUAAAUCACAAGAAGAAAAUUCUCCAUGAAUUUAAUCCCGAGUUGAUUUCCUUUCCUCAGUGGAACGAUCAGCAGUGGAAUCAGAUGAUCCACGUGUUUAAGAACUAUGGACCAGGAGUGAGAUAUGUGCGUUUUGUUCAUGGUGGUAAAGACACACAGUUCUGGGCUGGGUGGUACGGCAUUCGUGUAACAGACAGCUGUGUUGAAGUAUGUCCAGCGUUGGAUACCUAUGAUGGACAGAGGAGACCCAAAGCUGCAAGAAUGGGUAAAGCGUACAGCUCCGAUCUGCUGGUCCAACGGACUUCCCCUUCAUCCACUUCGGGGUGGGAUUCAGCCGAACUUGUGACUGCUGUGAAGUUGGACAGAUUAGGAGCCUUUGUCAAACUGAAACUCUACCUCCUGCAGGUGGAUGAUCAUAUUCCGCUGGACAUCCUGGAGGAAAUCUUCCUGAAUCUGCCCGCCCACCUGGUGGUUUGUGUGUGCCGGUUAGUUUGCCGUCAGUGGAAAGAUGUGGCAGACAGUGACUCUUUCUGGAGAGAAAGGUGCAGAAGAGAGGGGUAUCACGCCCGUGAGUCGGCCAAAGGACCGAGCAACUGGAGGUUGUUUUACUUCAUGUGCAAGAAGAGGAGAAAUCUAAUAAAAAAUCCAAGAGGAGAAGAAGAAUUUCAUGGUUGGAGGAUAAUAAGGAAUGGUGGUGAUGGGUGGAGAGUAGAGAAACCUAUGGCACCACACCCAAAUACAGACGUACAAACAAACUUUGUGACUUCCUUCAGCAUGUGCACAAAGUCGCAGCUGAUUGACUUGGAGAAGGAGGGGUACAGCCAGGCUUUCAUGGAUGAGUUUCAGCCUCACAUCAGGAUAUCUGACUGGUACGCACCGCGAUGCGACUGUGACUACAACAUAUCUGUGAAACUACUGCGUGUAAACAAGGACGUGGUUCAGGAAUUCUCUCCCGAUACUAUUCGCUUACCUGAGCGGGAGAACGAUAGGUGGAAACAGAUGAUCCACGUGUUUAAGGAUUAUGGACCUGGGGUGAGAUAUGUCUAUUUUGAGCACGGCGGUAAAGAUCGCGUGUUCUGGGCAGGAUGGUACGGCAUUCGCCUAACAGAAACAUGCGUGGAAUUGUGUCCAGCAUUGGACACAUAG